GACCAUGAAAAUUCCAAAUUCUAAAAUUGUAUUUCAAAUUUGAAAAACAACUUAUAACUUAUUUUGUUACUCAUUUUCCAUUUUUUUUGAUGACCAUGGUGUCUGGGAUAGUUUUCGCGAACCUCGACUAAUUCCACAGGAUACCUGCCACCUCCUACUAGCAACAGGUACCAGGUAACUCUGUCCACCAAGACUAAGACAGAUAGGAACAGUCGCCUAGUGUUUUUUUGUCUCCGCUGAGUUUUGAACCUGAGACCUCAGGGUUAUCAACCACUUCAUUGACCACUAGGUCACACCCUUGGGUGCACUCAUUUUUCACUUUUGAAGUUGUAUUCAAGUACAUUCAAGCAUGAACAUCACUCCAAAUAUUCUGUGCAAAAAGUAUAAUCAAACACAACUCCAUCUUCAACUCCAACUCUAUAAAUUCCAAAAAAAGUGAAAAAUAUUUGGAAUUUAUGGCCAAAUCCCUACCCAGUUAAUUGCUAACUAGUGGUUAUAUAAAGAUUAAUGGGUGAAAUCAAUGGGAUUUUAAUAUCCCCCCUCCCCUCUCACCCCGGUGUUUUGUCUUGCUGUCUUGAUCAUGAAUAUGUAGUAUAUGUUUUCCUGUUAAAAGUUUGGGGAGGCGAGUAAUGCUUGCAUUUGGAGUGCUAGACCUUGUACAAUGGGUAUUUCCAACUAGAAGUUACCUUAGGGUUUGUUUGGUAGCUGGAUAAUAAACAAGUUAUCCAUGUAUUAAUUUCCAUGUAACUUAUACGAUGUUUGGUAGUUAAAUAGGAAAUAAAUUAUUCAUGUAUAAAAUUAAUACGACAUUUGGUUGACAAUUGAGAAACCACAUAAUUAAUACAUGUAUAAGUUUGAGGGAAUCUAUGAGUUAUUUUAUGCAGGAUAGAAAGGUAGAAUAACUAAUACAUGAAUAACUAAUUCCUACAUAACUAAUAAAAAGGGCAGCCCGGUGCACUUACAUAACUAAUAUCUGCAUAAAAUAAUACAUAGAUUCUGGGGGGCUGACAUUUAUAUUUUAGUUGAAACAAAAUUAGAAGGGGCUUUUGAUGGAGUAGUUCAAAGUAUAUGGAGUAAUAGAUGGGUGGGAGAGUUUCACAAAGAGGCAAUAAGAAGCAGUGGGGGUAUUGCAAUCCUUUGGGAUAAAAGGAUGUGGACAGGAGCAUUUUUGGAGACUUUUAAUCAGAGUAUUACGGGGAAAUUCACUGGAGUAAAUGAGGAAUUCAGCUGGUACAUUACUGCAGUCUAUGCAGAUUGUAACAGAGAGAUCAGGAAGACCUUAUGGGAGGAACUGCUAACAAUUAGAAGCAGAUAUACAGUGCCAUGGAUAGUAUGUGGAGACUUCAAUGUCACCGGAUACCCCUCAGAAAAUACAAACUGUCAGAGAUUAGAUGGAGCUAUGACAAAAUUUUCUUUAUGUAUUGGAGCUGGUUGAUCCUCCUUUAUUUGGAGGAUCAUACACUUGGUGGAGAGGGGAAAACCACGAAACGGCCUCAAGAAUUGACAAAUUUUUACACUCUGCACAAUGGGGAGAGAAAUUUUCUCAGAUAAAACAGGAUGUCCUACCAAAGCUAACAUCAGAUCACAACCCUGUUGCUCUGACAUGUGGAGAAUGGAACCAGAAGAAAUCUUACUUCAAAUUUGAAUCAUGGUGGCUGGAAGUGGAGGGUUUCAAGGACAAAGUAAAGGAGUAGUGGAUUUCAUUCAAUGUGGAAGGCUGACCAAGCUUUAUAUUGGCUGAAAAAAUGAAAUUAUUAAAGACAAAACUGAAGGAAUGGUGUAGGGACAACAAAAGUAACUGAAAACAGAGAAAGGAAUAUAUUUUGAAUCAGAUAGCAAGCUGGGAGACCAUACAGGGAACACAGGGUGAUCAUUGAUGAUGAAGUAUUGCAAAAGACAAACCUAGCUAUGAAAUUUGAAGAGAUAGCUAACAAUGAGGAGAUAGCUUGGAAACAAAGGUCCAGGAUACAAUGGUUGAAACAACGUGGCAAAAAUACUAAGUUCUUCCAUAGAAUUGCCACUUCGCGUAGAAGAAUCAAUUCCAUGGAACAACUUGCGGUGGAGGGAAGCAUGGUGAAGGAUCAGGUUUUGAUCAAAGAGUCAGUUCAAAUUUUUUAUAUGAAUCUAUACAUAGAACCUGAAGAAUGGAGGCCUGAUCUAAACAUUCAGAAUGUUUCUGUGAUAUCUGAGGAAGAACAUACCUGGUUACAAAGACCUUUGAAGAGGAAGAAAUUUGAAAAGUAUAAGGAUGUAUGCUAAGGAGAAGACACCUGGCCCAGAUGGAUUCCCUAUGAUUUUCGUUCAGACUUUCUGGGAUGUAUUGAAGGGAAACCUAAUCAACACUAUGGCUCACUUCCACUCCAAUCAGGCUUUUGAAAAGAGUUUCAAUGCAACAUUCAUUGCUUUGAUCCCCAAAAAAGUUGGAGCCUCAGAGUUGUAGGACUAUAGACCAAUCAGUUUGAUAGGAGGAGUAUACAAAAGCAUAGCCAAGUUAUUGGCAGAGAGACUGAAAAAUUUUGUAAGCAAACUGGUUAACAAGAAUCAGAUGACUUUCAUUAAAGGGAGACAGAUCAUGGAUGCUGCAUUAAUAGCUGGUGAAUGCAUAGACUCAACAUUGAAAGGUGGAGAUGCAGGUGUUUUAUGGAAGUUGGACAUCCAGAAAGCUUAUGGCCAUGUAAAUUGGUCCCAUCUGUUGAACACGCUGAAACAAAUGAGAUUUGGCAACAAGUGGCUGAAAUGGAUACAAGUAUGCAUCAAGACAGUUAGAUUUUUAGUCCUUGUAAAUGGAGAACCAAUUGGCUUCUUCUCCUCAGAAAGAGGAUUGAGACAGGGGGACCCCUUAUCUCCUUUCCUCCUUAUUUAACAAUGGAAGGUUUUGAUAGUAUGAUGAGAAUAGCAACACAAUACAAAUGGAUAAGAGGCUUCAAUAUAGGGGACAAAUCAGGAAGGGGAAAAGAAAUUAAUCACUUAUUAGAUGCAGAUGAUACCAUUAUCAUGUGCGAACCAAAAGAUGAACAAUUGAAUUUUAUCAGAUUGAUUUUGAAUCUCUUUGAAGCAGUGUCAGGCCUAACGGUUAAUUGGGGGAAGAGUAGCUUGAUUCCUGUUAAAGAUGUACCCCAAAUUCAAGGUUUGGCAAACAUUUUAGGGUGUAAAAUUGAAGGAUUGCCAACCAUUUAUUUGGGUAUGCCUUUAGGGAGCAAACACAAAGCACUGGAGAUUUGGGAUGGGAUUCUGGAAAAGAUAGAAAGGAAGUUGGCAAUGUGGAAUCACAAUACCUCUCAUUGGGAGGUAGAGUGAUUUUGAUUAAUUCUGUACUGGACGCCCUCCCCACUUAUGUUAUGUCCUUAUUCCCAAUUCCUUCAAAAUUUAUCAAGAAACUGGACAUGCUUAGAAGGGACACUCUAUGGCAAGGAGGGAAAGAAGGCAAGGGUUACUAUCUGGUGAAGUGGAAUACUGUAAUGUGGGGCAAGGAAAGAGGAGGCCUGGGUAUCAGAAAUCUAAAAGUUCAAAAUAAAAGUCUUUUAAUGAAAUGGUUGUGGAGAUAUAUAAUUGAGGAUAACACUCUUUGGAACGAGGUGAUAACAACAAAUUAUGGAGAACUGAAUUCAAGGUGUGCAGAGGCAGUUACAAUACCAUAUGGAUGGGGAGUAUGGAGAACAAUCAGAACAUUAUGGAAGAAAAUCUGAUUCUCAAAGUGGGAAGUGGCAACAGUUUCAAAUUUCGGAGAGAUGGUUGGAUUGAUCAGACCCUUUGAGUGAAUCGUUUCCAUACCUCUUCUCCAUUUGCACCAAUCCUGAUGCCAAGGUAGGUGAUUGCUGGUCUAAACAAGGAUGAAACUUAUCCUUCAGAAGACUUUUGAAUGAUUGGGAAAUAGGGAGAGUGGCCUCAUUAGCGGAAAAAUUGGGGGGGGGGGGGUACUAGCCUUGACACAAAUGCAACAGACAGGGUUAUCUGGUGACACAAUAAGGAGGGCAAGUUCACAGAUAACAGUGCCCGUAACAUAGGGAGACAUGGGGAUUUGGAAGUGCUCAAUAUCAAUGGAAGAAUAUUUGGAGAGGUUUAAUUUCCAUAAAAGUGCAAUGUUUCACCUGGUAAGUAAUCAAAAAAGCAUGCCUAACCCAAAAAGUCCUUCAGAAGAAAGGAAGGACACUGGUACCAAGAUGUUUUCUAUGUAAUCUAACUGGAGAAACAAACAGUCACCUAUUCCUACAAUGUAAGUUCACAACACAACUCUGGGAGCUUUUUCUCAACAUCAACGGUCAAAGCUGGACCAUGCCAGAGCACACAACUAAUCUAUUCAGUUGUUGUGGCAGAAGAGGGGGAAGCAAGACUCAAAAGAGAUGGUGGAAGUUGAUACCAUCAUGUAUAUGGUGGCCUAUGUGGAGAGACAGGAAUGGACAGUGUUGUGAAAAAGCGCCGAAGCGCUCGCUUUAAGCGUGAAGCGAAGCGAGGCGAGGCGAGGUACUAGCGCUUCACUACCGUGAAGUGAAGCGAUUUCAAAAAAGUGUGCGCUUCAUGGGAGAAGCGAGAAGCAAGAAAAAAGUUCGCUUAAAAAAUCUGUAAAACUUACAAUUAAUUGUUCCAAACUGCUGCGACUUCUUCGAGACUUCUACAUUUCAACUUCUUUAACCAGGUUAGUUUUUCUUCUUCUUUUCUUCUCUUUCUCUUUCUAUUUUUAUUUCUAUUCAGCAGUUCUGCCUUCUGCGCAGUUUUGUUUCUGCGCAGCUGCUGUGAAGAUAAAGAAUUAUUUUUUUCAAGUUUUUGUUUCUCUUCUGCGCGACUCUGUUAUGCUUUGGCCAUUAUUUUUUUUUGAUUUGGGUUCUCACUUCUUAGUAUCUGGGACCUCUGUUUUGUUAACUUGAGCAUAUGCUCUGUUUUUUUUUCACAUAGUCUGGCUACUUUAUUAUUUUUUUAAAUUUUGCUGCAGCUGCUCUAUUAAUUUUGCUGCCAACUGGUCUAUUAAUUUUGCUGCCAUCUAUAAACUGCUCUAUUAUUGUUUUGACAAUUUGACUUGUGUGACUGAAUUAUUAUUCUAUUUUUUCUUUGUAGUAAGUUGUAUUUUCUUAAUGACACAAAAAAGGGAUCCAGCUUGGGCAUAUGGAAUUUACAUGGGAAGUAACACAAAAAUCAAAUGUGUUUUUUGUGAUAUGACAUAUAAUGACAGAAUAUUUCGUCACAAGAAGCAUCUUAUUGGUGGUUAUAAAGAUGUUAAAGUGUGUCCAAAGUCCCGAAUAGUGUGAAGGAAGAAAUAAAAGAGUAUUUUACGAAAAAAAUGAAUUUAAAACUCAAAUGAAUCCUGAAGCAUCCAUGGUUAAUCUUGUUGAUGAUGAUGAAAUGGAUGAUGAAGUUGAAGUGAAUAUGCCAAUGGGGCCUCCUUCAAAAAAGAAACCUUCAACUAGUGAAAGUGGGUCAUCCACCACUAGCAAUGUCAAAGGUCCUCUUAAUCUCUAUUUCUCGCAAAAACCAAAUGAAAAGAGAAAAGGUGGACCUAUUGAUCUAGAGGCUUCUAGCAAGAUUUUACGGGAUCGUGCUGUAUCUACUUUUGCUAGGUGGAUGUAUGAUGCAGGGUUGCCUUUCAAUUGUGUUAACUACACCGAAAGUUUUGGUGAAUUCAUUGAGGUAGUAGGCCAAUAUGGCCCUGGAAUGAAGCCCCCCACCUAUCAUGAGGUAAGAGUUCCUUGUUUAAAAAAAGAGGUGGAAAAGACAAACAAAAUUGUAGAAGAUCAUAAGGUUCAAUGGAAAACGUAUGGUUGUUCCAUUAUGAUGGAUAAAUGGAUAGCAAGGAAUGGGAUAAUGAUCAUCAAUGUGUUGGUGAAUUCUCCACGGAAUGGAAUGAGAGUGUCUAUGCAAAGGAAACUCUUGGGAAAGAUAUUGCGAGACACAUCAUUGGUGUUUGGAAUGACACUGUUCAAGCACUUAAAGUUGGUGGUCCUUUAGUUAAUGUACUUCGUAUGGUGGAUGGGGAGAAAAAACCACCAAUGGGCUACAUUUAUAAAGCCAUGGAUAGGGCCAAAGAAAGUAUUGAAAAGGCAUUCAAUUAUGAUGAUAGGAAAUAUAUGAAUGUUUUCAAAAUCAUUGAUGCAAGGUGGACGGAUCAACUUCAUCAACCUUUACAUGCAGCUGGACAUAUUUUGAACCCGGGGCUCUAUUAUAAAAAUAAUGAGAUGAAGACUUUAACUGAAGAAGUGUGGUUAGGAUAUCAUGCAUGUGUUGAGAGGAUGAUCCUAGAUAAAACUUUGCAAGACAAAAUAGGGGAUGAGCUUGGUGUGUACAUGAAAGCGGAUGGGCUACUUGGAGUUGAGUCGGCCAUUAGAGCUAGAACCUUAAGGUCACCAGUUGAAUGGUGGAUGCAAUAUGGUCAUAAUGUCCCAAACUUGCAACAAUUUGCUAUUAGAGUGCGAAGUUUAACUUGUAGCUCAUCCGGUUGCGAGAGAAAUUGGAGCGUGUAUGAACAUAUUCAUACUAAAAAGAGAAACAUGCUUGAGUUAAAACGCCUGAAUGAUCUAGUGUUCAUCAAAUAUAAUAGAACAUUGGUGUGUCGCUACAAUGCUCGCAAUACCAUUGAUCCAAUUUUGUUGGAUAAUAUUGAUAAUGCAAAUGAAUGGUUAACUGGAGCACCCAAAAAUCAUGAAGAUGAAGAAGUAUACGAAGGAGAAGGUCUCACUUAUGGUGAUGUUGCUACGGCUAGUGGUGUGGAGGAGAAUAUUUAUGGUUUUAGGGGGAGUACUUUAAGGGGCAAGGAAAAAAGAGUAGCUAUAGGUUCAAGUUCAUGUUCAAAUAGAAGUAGAACUCUUGUUGAUGAGUCCUCCGAUAAGGAAGAAGAUGAGGACCAAGUAGAAGUAGAACCCUUGUUGAUGGCACUUCAAGAGUUUGAGGAUCUUGUGGAAGAAUAGGAUUUUGCUCUCUUUGUGAUUUGGUUAUGCAUUUGCUUUAUAUGUUGUUACUUAUGAGGAUUAUUGACUAUCUAGUUACUUUUUAAUCUAAGUCUUUUGAGUUCUUGAUUAUUUAUCUAUGCAUAUUUUAUAUUUUAUAUGUUUAUACUAAAUAGCGCUUUUUCUAAAAAAAGCAUGCGCUUCGCUUCACGCUUCUGUGAAGCGAGCCCCGGUCGCUUUUUUCCGCUUCUCGCUUCUCAAAACACUGGGAAUGGAAGAUGUUAUGAAGAUAGAUCCAAUUCCAUUCACAAAGUAAAAUGGAAUUGUUUAGUAUCUUUACUUUUUUGGUGUAAACAAUUAUGUAUAGAGGAUAUAGAUCAAAUUGUAGAGUUGAUAGGAAAUUUGUAAUUUUUGUGAUGAAUUUUGAAGGUGGCCAGCAUAUCCUAAUGUUGAGGAAUACAAACAUAACAAUUCUCAAAAAAAUAAUACAUAGAUUCACUCAUAACUAAUCCCUAUAUUACUAAUACCUGCAUAACUCUAACCAGCUACCAAAUGACCCC